AUGGGCGAUAACAUCUGGACGAAAGUCAAUCACAGGAACGUGCAUGGAAACCGUAGGGUUCAACAUAUUAGCUAUGAUUUAAAAAACAGUCAAGUAAGGACUCCAGGGGCAAAAUGGGAAUUCAGCAACAUAAAUUUUUUUUACCCUUCUCCUCAAACUCAUAACCCGGGAGCUGAAGGAAAUGCCUCAAAUUUUCCUAAUGCUUCACACUCAAACUCAUCCACCGCUCCUGGUGUGGCUGUCAAUAUUCCGCCUGCCGCUGCCACUAUUCAGGCUGCUGCCACUGUUCCGGUAGAUGCUGAAGGUAAACCGCAAGCAGCCCCUGCUGCUUCAGCUAACUCGACAGCAGUCCCUGCUGUGUCUUCUGAGAAUUCUUUAGCACAUGCUGCUGAUUUCGGGCCAUUUCUAAUUGGGAUGGAACCUUCUAAUAAACCUGCACCGGUUGGUUUUUCGGGUGGUUAUAUUCAUAUAUCGGGCAUUCAAUCUACGGAUGAUUCUUUAUCUCAUCCGCCUGGUUUCUCAAAUUCAUGGAGAGAAAGAAGUGUUCUCAGAAGGUUAGUUCAACAUUGA